AUGUCAGCCUCAGUCUCGCCGCCAACACACCGCCAACACCAGAACCAGCCCCAUCCAGCCCAUUCCACGCCCACUUCCUCUCCCUCUGCAGGCCCCUCCCCCUCCCUCUCCCUCCCCCUCCUCGCCGCAGCGCCCCUCCUCUCCACCUUCACCUCGUUCCUCACCAUCGCCAUCCACUCUCUGCUCUACCACCGCAGCCUCUACCCACCGACAUCCUUCCUCACCGCCCGCGCCUUCAACCUCGCCGUGCACCAGUCCCGCCACCCCGCCGUCUGCGCCUGGAUCAACGACGCCGUCUCGGCAAUCUCCAACCAGCUCAACGCCGGCACCGCCAGGCGCAUCGUCUUUGUCGUGCACAGCAGCGACAGCAAAGUCCGCGAACGAUGGGUCUUUGACGUGGAGCGCUUCCCAGCGUGGAAUCUGAAAGAUGAGGCCGCAGCAGCGGCAACAGCAGCGGAGUCGGGAGCACCGACUUCGCAUCAGCAGCAAGACAAUGACCAAGACGACGAUUCCGAAGAGGGCGAGGACGAAGAAACCGCCGCCGAGGUGCAAGAUGCGCUCAACUGGGCCGACAUCCACGAAGCCCUCCGAGGAGCGCUGCAGAGACUUGCCUAUGCCGCGCAGGCCGCCGAGAAGCUGCCGCCAGGAUGCACAUUUACGCUCGCCCUGGAGCUGAGAGACGAGGCUGAAGCCCCUAUUGGUGUAAGCAUGUACAAGUAA